AUGUCUACCGAGCUGCGCGGCCUCCGGGAGCAAAUCCUUGCCAACGCGAAGCUCAUGAUCCAUCCAUCCACCAUCUCCAACACUGCUGCAGGAGCGCUCCCAAACACUCGUCUUCCAAGCCGGCAAUCCAGCACUACCCUGGUCGCACCGUCCUACCCACCAAGUGGCGAGCUGGACAUCCUCGUCUUCGGCGACGGCUCCACCUACACGUCAGCCAUCAUGGUCGGCAUCACUCCCGUGAUCGAGGGAGGUACUAGCACAACUCCCGAAGCCGCGAUGCGCAAGCUACUCUUGGCCACCAGCGAGUUGCUCAACGAGGUCAUGCCCGAGCUCGGCGCCCACCAGCGUGCGAUUCACGGCGGAGGAGGCGUGGACACGGACUUUCUCAACCAGGACCUUCUCGACGCGCAGAAGAAGGCAUCUUAG